CCAGAACGGGUCGUGGCACGAAAAGGCUUAAACCGGGGCUGCGUGUGUUCCUCAUAACUCCCCCGCUCCUUCCGGGCUAAGCUUCCACGUCUUCAAUGUGGGUCACAUAGAGAGGGCCCCACAACCUCGACUCCCCCCCCUCCCCCGAACGAGUUCGGCCUAAAAAGCCGCGGCGCUCGCGUGACUCGUCCUGCCGAGCCCCAGCGCGUCCCUCACCUGCUGGUAUCGGCCACCACCGCUGCUGCUAUUGCUGGCCUCGGCUGCCGCCGCCAUGGCACUGGGCAAGGACCGAGCGAGUGAGCCGAUUAGAAUUACUCUGGUGUGCCGGGUGCAGAGAGACCGGGCGGGGGCCCCGCUGGGGACGGCUCGCGCUGACUCCCCUCCCCCACUGGGCGCUGCCAGUGCUGGACUUGGGGGCGGAGGAGGGUGGCAGCCAGCUGGGUCACUCGCCGCUUCCGCCGCCGCUGCCUGCUCAAGCGCCAACCCCUUCUCUUCCUCCUCCCUUUCCUCCGUCACACUCCUCCUCCUCCUCUUCCUUCAGGCAGCUGCUCUUGUGCUGCUCCUCGCCAUCAUGGACCCGCAGGAAAGCCUCUGAGGGGAACGACCCUCGCACGCAUUCUUUGGAGACCAACCCCGUGGGAUGACGCGAGUCUUCACAUAAUGGGUCUUUAUAGUAUAGUGGCGUAGUGGUUAGAGUGUUGGACUAUGACCUGGGAGACCAGAGUUCGAAUCCCCACACAGCCAUGAAGCUCACUGUGUGACCUUGGGCCGUCAUUGCCUCUCAGCCUCAUGAAAACCCUAUUCAUAGGGUCGCCAUAAGUUGGACUCGACUUGAAGGCGUACAUUUACAUUUAGGAAGUUCUUAUGAUCUUACACUUCAUGUCAUAAUAAACAUCAGGAAAAUGUAAUUAGCAAACUAGCUGAUUGAUGAGGCCCCAGGAAUUACAUUUCUGAUGUGUCAAUUGACAUCCCAAGAAAACUGAAGAGGGCUCAAGAGAGAGGUUAGGAUGAAACUCAUCAUUCUAGAGAACUAUGCUCAGGCCAGUGAAUGGGCUGCAAAGUACAUUAGGAAUCGAAUAAUCCAGUUUAAUCCUGGUCCAAGCAAAUAUUUCACCCUUGGGCUUCCCACUGGAAGUACUCCAUUAGGAUGCUACAAAAAACUAAUAGAAUAUUACAAGAAUGGAGAUCUUUCUUUCAAAUAUGUGAAAACUUUCAAUAUGGAUGAGUAUGUGGGUCUUCCAAGGGAUCACCCGGAAAGCUACCAUUCCUUCAUGUGGAACAACUUCUUCAAGCACAUUGACAUCUCCUCUGAAAAUACUCACAUUCUGGAUGGAAAUGCAGUUGACCUAGAAGCAGAGUGUCAGGCUUUUGAAGAAAAAAUCAAAGCAGCUGGAGGAAUUGAACUCUUCGUUGGAGGUAUUGGCCCAGAUGGUCACAUUGCCUUCAAUGAACCAGGCUCAAGCCUGGUGUCCAGAACCAGAGUGAAGACCUUAGCUAUGGACACAAUAUUGGCUAAUGCCAGAUUCUUUGAUGGAGACCUCUCCAAAGUGCCCACAAUGGCUCUCACAGUUGGAGUGGGUACAGUCAUGGAUGCCAGAGAGGUUAUGAUUUUAAUCACAGGAGCCCAUAAGGCAUUUGCUUUGUACAAGGCUAUUGAGGAAGGAGUAAAUCACAUGUGGACAGUUUCUGCCUUUCAGCAACAUCCCCGCACUGUCUUUGUAUGUGAUGAAGAUGCCACGCUGGAACUCAAAGUAAAAACAGUGAAGUACUUUCAAGGUUUGAUGCUUGUUCACAACAAACUUGUGGAUCCACUCUACAGUAUAAAAGAAAUGGGAGCAGAAAAAAGCCAGUCCAAGAAGCCGUAUAGUGACUAGCCUCUUACAAUUCAGAGCAACUAGCUAAGCAGUCCUUAACAUCACAUGGAGCUGGUGGAGAGCAUCCUGCCCUGGCAUCUUGGGACACUUUUACAGCAAAACACAUUAUUGGAAAAUAUCUUUUUUUCAGUGGUGAGGUCGUUGCAGUGGAUGUAGCCACAUCAUGCUUUCUCCAACAGCAAAGCUAACCAAUGUCAGUUUACCACUAUUUUAAGAAAAUAAGACUAAAUGAGAAAACAAGAGGUCGUCUGCUCUUGACAGAUCAUGGUUUGUGAUAGACCAAGGUCUAUGGAUUAUCAAGAAGGAAUUCCGAACAUAUAUUAUCGAGUUAGAUCACAAAAAGAUGGUCAGUAACCGAGAAAGGAAGGUGCAAAAUGUGAAGUUUUUGCUACUAAUUUUUUUUACAUUAAAAGGCAUACAUGUGUUCCAAAACA